AAAGGACAAUGGUUUCCAUGUCAGCGGAUAAACGCGCUCCCCGUGGCUCCCGGACGCGACGGAGGUCGCAGUAGUGCGUGCGUGCUGAGGAGCAAAGGAGUAACCAAGGGAGCCAGUGACCGACAGAGCAAGAGCCAUGCCGCGCCGGGGUCUGGUGGCUGGGCCAGAUUUAGAGCAUUUUCAGCGUCGCUAUUUCACGCCGGCGGAGGUGGCCCAACAUAACAGGCCCGAAGACCUCUGGGUGUCUUACCUGGGACGCGUGUACGACCUAACGCCAUUGGCAGAGGAAUAUAAGGGGAACUUGCUGCUGAAACCCAUCGUGGAAGUUGCGGGCCAGGACAUCAGUCACUGGUUUGAUCCAAAGACCAGAGACAUCCGCAAGCACGUAGAUCCGCUGACCGGCUGCCUGAGGUAUUGCACCCCGCGGGGCCGCUUUGUGCACGUUCCGCCUCAGCUGCCCUGUUCGGACUGGGCCAACGAUUUUGGGAAGCCCUGGUGGCAGAGGUCGUAUUAUGAGGUGGGGCGGCUGUCUGCCAAGAGCCGGAGCAUCCGCAUCAUUAACACGCUCACGUCGCAGGAGCACACACUGGAGGUGGGGGUUCUGGAGUCAAUAUGGGAAAUCCUACACCGCUAUCUCCCCUAUAAUGCACAUGCUGCCAGCUACACGUGGAAAUAUGAAGGGAAGAACCUGAACAUGGAUUUUACCCUGGAAGAGAAUGGGAUCCGGGAUGAGGAAGAAGAAUUUGACUAUCUCAGUAUGGACAGUACACUUCACAUACCUGCAAUACUUCUGUACUUCAAUGAUGAUCUCACAGAGCUGUAGGAAAGGAGAUGUACACUCAUGUAGACUCAAGACAUAUUUUGAGUUUGGCUUUUUCUGUGCCUUGAGGAAAAGCGGUGGGGCCGAGGGCUGCCUGGACCUAGAUAUCCGUUCCUCUCUAGGAACUAGCCUGUGCCCUUCUGAAGUGUAAAGGCCCUAUUCCCUGCCUUCAUUACAAUUUGCUCUGAGAAAAUUAGGGAGAAUGCUAGAAGUGAAUUAAUCUUUGGGAAUGAUAGAAGAAGAUCAAGUGUCUUGGUUUAGGGAGAUGUAGAAAAUGAUAGAGUUCAGGCAGAACUGUUUGAUAGUUGAGAGUAGUUCUACAAAGGUGAGAGAUGGAAGAACUUUUUUGGCAAUGAUGGAAAUGAGAUGUGUGCAGGAAGAUGGGAUUUAUAAAAACAGGAACGGGAAAUGUUUAUCAUUGACCAUACAAAGCUGGCUUAUCUUACUUGUAGAAGAGUAUUUGGCAGCUGAAACCCAAGGGAAAGAAAGGAAGUGAAUCAUUAUCAGGCAAUUCAGGCUAGAUAUUAUGCUAGGUACUUCACACACACACACACACACACACUUUUUUUUCCCCCUCAAAGAGAAGGGGUCUUGCUCUGUCACCGAGGCUGGAGUACAGUGGCAGAAUCAUGGCUUACUUCAGCCUCGAACUCCUGGGCACAAGUGAUCCUCCCACCUCUGCCUUGAGUAGCUGGGACUACAGGUACCUGCCACAAUGCCUAGCUGCUUUUUUUGUUUUUGUUUUUUUUUUUAUAGACACAGGGUCUCACUCUGUUGCCCAGGCUGGUCUCAAACUCCUGGCCUCAAGUGAUCCUCCUGCCUCAGCUCCCAAAUAGCCUCUUCAAGAAAACGACCCCAGAAGGUGGAUACCAUUACUAUUUUACAGAUAAGUCUUUUGAAACUUAGAAAAGUUUAAUAGCUCAAAGGCACACUAGUUAGAAACUACUAGAGCCAGGAUGCAAAUUCAAGUCUGUCCAACUCCAAAGUCUAUAUUCUUUGAUAGAAAGGGACCAUCUGAAUGUCUAAUCUCAUGUUCAUAUUUGUAACCACUGCUCUCAGAGCAAGGAUUUGGGGUGUGGCUUUGUCCUAGGCUCCUUGCACAACAGGAAAACCGUGAGCCUAUUGAAUAGUCAGCAGUUAAUGUCUCUGGAAGGGGGUUUGCAGAGUUUUCCUGUGGCAAAGAGGAGGCAAGGAAGGCUGUAUCAGCUAAGCAAUAACGAUUGGGGCUACUUCCUUGUUCAUCUCAUACCCCAAACUUCUCUUCUGACUUUUCUGGGGCAAAGAGGUGGGUAUUUACCAAACCGAGGGAAAAAUACAGUGGGGAAAAGGCCGGCAAAUUAGCGGAGAGGGAGAAAAAGGAGGCAGUUUGCCACUUGGAGAAGAUAAGGAAGACAGGGUUGCAAGGUAGUGACUCUCGAAGAGGGACCUUGGCAGGGGUAAUGUAAAGAGAGACGCUAAGUCAGGAAACUCUUAGUGACCAAAAAAGAACCACUAUGGGGGUAAAUGGCUAGAUUUGGUCUCCUUCAACUUAAGGAGGGGAGGAGAUUUGAGAAUAGCAGGUGAACUUCCUGGCAGCAGCAAGCAAAAAAAAAAAAUCAAGAAGAAUUUAGUGUGUCUUCCUGCCAGGGGGCACCACGGCCUAGCACAGGAGAAGGUGGCCCCUGUAAGAUACUGGGUGAGCUGUCUAGGUGUUCUCUGAGGGGUUAUGAGAGGCAUGAACAAAGGUGGAAACAUUGCUGUUGGCUUCAGCAGUAUCUAAAUUUACUGUGACAUGGAGGGCUUAACUCUAACCCCAUGGAAUGCAGGAGUCCGUCAAUUAUCUAAAUCGAUCAUUUUGAUCUUUAAUCAGCUCUGCAAUUACGUGUACCUUGUUUGCUCAAUUAAACCCUGAACUAUUUGAGAAUGGAACUAUGCUGUUCCUCUAGUGCAAGCCUCAGGGCCUGUCCUGUGCCUAUGGGGUGUCCACAUUCUGCCAAAACCUGAACCUCUUCCAAAGACUCCUACUUCAGUACCUCUUGCCAGAAACACAUCCCUUUCCUCACACAUCCAGUCACUCAUUAAGUAUAUUCUGUCUUCUGAUAUCUCUGGAACCCAUCUUUCUCCAAAUUACCAUCACCUCUUGUCCAGACUGCUGUGGAAACUUCCUAACCUGUUUUCCCGUGUCCACUUCUGCCUUCCAUGUUGCGAUGAGAGUCAGCUAUGAAAAACGAGCCUAAACAUCUAACUUGCCUUAGCUUCUUCAGUGGCUUCCACCUGCUUUUGGAAUAAAGUCCCAAAUUCAAAGGCCUUGUAUAAUUCAGGCUCAUCUCAUAAUACCCCUCUUUGUCCUCUGUGGCCCAGACACACUGGCUUUCAGUUCAUUAAACGUCUUGCCUCAGAGCCCUCACGCAGUGUCCUCUCUGCUUGCAGCACUCUUCCUUUCACCUUCCACCUAGCUGAUCCUAAAUGUUCCUUCCUCCGGGAGGUCUUUUCUGAUUUCUUGGUAGGUCAAGACUUUCUGUUAAAUCGGUUAGCACCAUGCAUUUUCCAGAGUCUUUAUGACAUUUGUAAAAUUAUGGAUGUAAUUGGCUGGCUGCACUGCUAGAUUGUAAGCUCAUGAGGGCAGAGAUCUUGCUCACAUCUUGCUCAGUGCUAUAUUCUCACUGCUGAGCACACAGUUGCUGCUCAAUAAAUUUUGAAUUAACUC